AUGAAACUGGUGAAUAAUUUAAACAUCAAGCUGUUGAUAAUGAGAAGCAUUUUGCGGCUGGAGAAUUCUUCAUUACAAAUUCAACUUGCAUCAGUCAGUGAAACGAAGACAAAAGAUGCAGAAUUAAUCAAAUCAAUGAUUGAUAACUUUCUUUUCCGCUUCUUUACUUCUUUACCCGCAGUCGUUUUGUAUUCUUCAGCUCUGCUUUGUAAAGCGAGCUUUUUACUUUACAUGCACAGUCAAGCAUAUUUACUGGGAAGCAGAAAAAAAAACAUGAAAAGAUGUGAAUUGACUCCAUGCAUGCGCGCAAAAAAAUAUUGGGGUUAUAUAAUGGGCCCUCCUCUGCUGUGUUUUUCUAGGUGUUUAAUGCUCCAUUCAAUGACUUUACAUUGUUCCAAAUUUCAUCUGUUGCAAUCUCCGAAUACGCUCACUUGUCCUUGCAAGCUUCUUCCAUCACUCGAAAUAUUCCCGUUAUAUCGUAAAACUCCUGUUACAUAA